AUGCGGGUUCGGCUGGGGCUACGUUGGCUAGGAGGUCUAGGGCGGGGAGUCGGGGGAUGGUGCACGACUACGUCCCGGGGGUCCCCCACCCGGGCGAGGAGUAAACACAGCGCGGAAUGGCGGCGCCCAGGCGAGAGCACCGGGACUCUGAGUGAGCGGGCGACCGUGGUCUCAGCGCGUGGAGACACACGCGAGGGCUACAGGAUGGUAACUCAUACAUAUAUUCAGUCAGAUCCUUUCCCAGAAGAAAUAAAACUCAGAAGAUUAAGAACGAUUGACCUUGUGGAACAAAAUUUGUGGCGUCUCUCCAAAAAAGACCAGAUGACAUAUACUUAUGGACCACUAUUUAUCGGGUCAGCUUCAUCUUUUUGUGGAUUCUUGGCAAACUAUCUUUUCAGGCACUGUAUGAAGGUUAAACAGCAUUCUUUUCAAACAUUUGUGCCAUUGUCUGCAAUUCCAUUUUUGACCACUGCAGUGGCUUAUAAGUUCCUUGUAACAGAUCCCUUAAGUUCUGGUGAUUUAACCAUGGACAUGUGUAUUCUCAGAGGUGCCUUUGUUUCUGCAUCGUGUGGUAUCUUUCAUCCCUCUGCUUUGGCCUUUUUAAAAAAUGGGCGUCUGGCGGUCAAGUACGAAACUGUUCCAUUACCUCCAAGAGGAAGGAAUUUGUACCACUGGACUGUCCUUUGUCAAUCAGCUGCAAAGCUAAUGAUUAUUCCUAUGAUCAUACAGACUGUGUGUGGAGGACAUCUUGCUUUCCUGCAACAUAAAAUAUGUUGCAGAAUAUUUGAAUUGCUUGAACAUGUCUGACUUAAAAAUUAACCUUUUAAUGUAGAUGAUGCAGUUUGGAGCAUUUCAUGAAAGAGCUAAAUGUAAAUCAUAAGCAAGCAACAUAACCUAUAAUACGUGUGCAAAUAAAAACUACAUGAUGUCCUUGACUAAAAUGCAAACUAUGAGAGGAUUAAGAAUGAUAAUAACAAUAGCAACAUUAAUAAGGCACUCUGAGUUUUACAAAGAGCUUUGCAAAUAUUAUCUCAUUUGAUCAUUACAACAACCCCACGAGGUAGGUGCUAGUUUUAUCUGCAUUUUACAGAUGAUGAACUUGAGGCUGAGAGAAGUUUGGGGUCACAUGUCUGUUAAGUGUCUGAUCCUGGAUUUGAACUCAUGUCCAUCAUGACUCCAAGUUCAUCACCCUAUCUACUGCACCACUUAGCUGACUUUUCCAUUGAUAUGUUCUCUUUAAUGCCUAGAAUACCUCAGUCUUCUAGCAUCAUGGUUGGUCAUUGCAUUGAUCAGAGUUCUCAAGUCUUUCAAAGUUGUUUAUUUUUACAGUAUUGUUGUUAUUGGACAAAUUGUCCUCCUUUUUCUGUUCAUUCUUCAUUAGUUCGUACAAGACUUAGUAGGUUUCACUGAAACCUUCCCUUCCUGCCCAUCAGCUGGGGAACGGCUGAACAAGGUAUGGUAUGUGAUUGUAAUGGAAUACUAUAUAGUGCUAUAAGAAAUGGCAAGCAGGAUGAUUGCAGAAAAACCUGGAAAGAUUUAAUGUGAACUGCUGCAAAAUGAAGUGAGCAGAACCAGGAGAAGUGUAUCCAGUAACAACAGUAUUGUAAGAAUGAUCAACUGUGAAAGACUUAACUGCUCUGAUCAGUACAGUGAUCCAAGGCAAUUCUGGACUCAUGAUGAAAAAUACUCUCCACCUCCAGAAAGAGAACUGAUGAACUCUUAGUACAGAUGAGGCAUAUUGUUUUUCAUUUUCUUUGUCUUUCUUGGGUCUUUUUUUUUUUUUGCAAUAUGACUAAUAUAAAAAUAUGUUUUGCAUGACUUCACCUGUAUAAUGGGUAUCAUAUUGCUUACCUUCCCAGUGGGUGGGAUGGGCUGGAGAGAGGGACAGGAUUUAGCACUCAAAAUGUUUUUAAAUGAAUGUUAAAAAUAAAUAAUGUUUAAACCGUC